UUAAAUUCAUAUGAGAAGUACAUUUGAAAAUUCUGUCUGCUUUCUACUGCAGUGUGUUUGGUUAGGUGUCAAGGCUUAAUUUGGUGGAAAGUAGGACCCAGGGAAGAUUGAACUUGACUGGGGACAGAAGGUGGAGUGUGUGUCAUUUCUGCGAGAAGACUGGGGGGCUGGUGUGUGGGGACACAAUACAAUGUGUAACAGUCUGUGCCAUACACAGCACGAGUCAUGAAUGUAAGCUCAACUGGAGUAGGGCAGAAAGGAGCGACAAGGCAUUAUUUGUCAUCUGGAAUAAUAAAGGAUACAAAGAUCAUCGGCUUUUUGACCGGAAAUAUGCACCUGUGAGUGUGAACCUUGAGUCCGCCUGGGAGUAAUCAACCUGUUGCACUGGGUCAAACAUAGACCAUCACCUAGGAUGCUGACCUCAAAGCUCAGGACUUAACUGUCCUUUGGAAUCGUGGCAUUUCAGUAUGGCACUAUUUAAAAUUAUGAUUAUGCUGUCUGAAUUGAACCAAGCUACACACAGAGGACCAUGGGUCAUCCAGCUGUAAGGACAUCCUCAGCACAAGCAGGUCAAGUUAUGGAAGAAUAAUGGCUGAGAAGUUUGAUCCUGUGAUUUUACCUGUCUCAAACAAGCCAGAGCCAAAUCUUACAACUGCCCCAUGGGAGCAGUAUCCAACAGUUCCUUCCGACGUGGGUAUAGUCACAAGUUCCCAAUCGCAGCUCAAAGACCUUCUUGGCUUGUUCUGUAUGGUGACACUGAAUCUCAUCGCUUUGUUAGCCAACAUCGGAGUGAUGGUAGCCAUUGCCCGUGCGCCGCACCUGAAGAGGUUCGCUUUUGUGUGUCACCUUUGCGCUGUGGAUCUGCUGUGCGCCGUUCUCCUCAUGCCACUGGGAAUCAUAUCUAGCUCACCCUUUUUUGGCACUGUGGUGUUCACUGUUCUGGAGUGUCAGGUUUACCUCUUCCUUAAUGUAUUCCUCAUCUGUUUAUCCAUUCUCACGAUCACAGCCAUCAGUGUAGAACGCUACUUUUACAUUGUGCACCCAAUGCGGUAUGAGGUCAAGAUGACCAUUAAUUUAGCAAUCGGUGUCAUGCUCCUUAUCUGGAUCAAGUCAGUUCUAUUGGCUCUGUUCACUCUGUUUGGAUGGCCAGCAUAUGGAAACCAAAGCUCAAUUGCAGCAGCCCACUGCUCUCUCCAUGCAAGUCACAGUCGCCUUAGAGGUGUAUUUGCAGUGCUCUAUAGUGUUCUAUGUUUCCUGGUCCCUUCCGUGAUUAUAUUUACUGUUUAUUGCGCCGUGUACAAGGUUGCUCGUUCGGCUGCCUUGCAACAAGUCCCUGCUGUUUCAACAUGGGCCAGCGCAAUCCCGGAUAAGAAUCGGUCUGGCUCUAUCAGCAGCCAGACCACCAUGAUCAAUACAAACCGCUCUGUGCCCCAAAGACUUUCCCCAGAGAGGGCAUUUAGUGGGGGCAAGGCAGCCCUCACCUUGGUAUUCAUUGUGGGUCAGUUCUUGAUUUGCUGGCUGCCCUAUUUUGUCUUUCACCUGCAAAUGUCCCUGACUGGCUCAAUGCACAGCCCAGGAGACUUGGAAGAGGCUGUCAACUGGCUCGCCUUCUCCUCAUUCGCAGUCAACCCGUUCUUCUAUGGCUUGCUAAAUAGGCAGAUAAGAGAGGAACUUGUCAAGUUCCGCCGUUGCUGCCUGACACAGGCAGUGGAUUUUGCCAUCUCUAGCCAUGAGGGCUCUCUGCAGGAGAACUUCCUCCAGUUUAUCCAGAGAACAAGCAGCACAGCUGAAACCCGCUCCAGCUGUGUCAACACCAGUCCCAGAAAUACUAUGGACAAAAAGGUUAAAAUCCCUGGACAACCAUCAGAUCACACUUAGACAAUGUUUAACUAAUUAAUGGAUGAAACAUUUUUCUAUUAUACUGUAGUUCAAUUUGACUUUUGCUAUUGAAUUUCACUCCUGAAUCCUGGCUAGUCUUAGGCUUUUUGGAGAGGGUGCUUGGGCAAAGACAAACUGUUUAUGGUCAGGGUUGCAGGUUUUUUGUGAGGUGUCAAGGAAUGCCAGCAUUUACGAUAAGAGUUUAGUGUUUUAACGUGUAAUACCUACACAGGAAAUAAAGGACAGGAAAAGACUAGGCCUGCAAGAAGGACUGAGCCGGCCCUCACAGUCCUGUGCAACUCUUGACGUCACGCAAAUCAUACAGCAACCAUCUCGGGGUGGUGGCAGAUCAAUCAUAUAACUUAAACUUUGACCUGGGUCUGGCCAAGUAUGGGGAACCUGAUCUUUGAAAACUGCAGCGUAGCCAUGCCCUCAAUUUCCAAUAUUCAUUGCCUCACGAAAAUAAGCCACAUUCUGUAAUCCUUUUGGCAUUUGUCUGGAGUUGUUUUGAUCAAAGCUGAAACCGUAAGGCCAGUUUGUGCUGACAAAAAAAUAAAUAAAAUCAUAAUUCAAGUUUAUAUUUAUCUGAUUUAAAGAGCGACUAUUAUCCUAAUAUAAGAGGCUAAUAUCCUAAAUCUUUCAGUUUAAGGCAUUGCUACGUUUUAAAAUAUUUUAUUGCCUCACGAGAUAAGCCUUUUCCCUCAAAUGCCUUAAGAGCCAUUUGGCAUUGGGUUCAAGUCAUUUGGGUCCAAAGUGAACCCAUACGACCAAUCAAAUGGCAAUUUUCAAAAAUGAAAAUAAUUCAUAACAAUUUUUCUGUUAAUCUGAAUCAAAGAUGUGUCAUUACCUUUUUGUUCAACGCUACAUGCGCCACAUGCUUAUCAAGUUUAAUAAUUUCCUGGCUUUGUAUAGUGAUUUUAUGCUAAGAUGUAUGUCUUUGGCAUUUUGCUCAAAUCUUGAGGUGUAGCCAUGCCCACAUUUUUCAAGAAUUAUCGAAUCUGUAAAUAAACACAAGACACACACACACAUCCAUUGUCACACACACAUGGCCCUUUGGUUUAACGGUAAUUUUAAGUUGUUGAGUCAAAACUAAAAAAACGUAACAACUAUUUGUUUGGAACCCCAAAA